GUACAGAUAACACACACACACGAAAUAAAGCGGAAUCAAAACCCUAAAUACUCACUUCUAUAUCAACCAGAGCUGCUCUCUUUUCUCUUUUCCAUUCGCCACCAAAAAUCCUUUUUAUUUCUCUCUCUAUCUUUUUUUUCUUUUUCUCUGCAUGUUUUGCUAGAUUUAUUCAUAAACGACGCGUCGUUUCCAUGAUGUCUCGCACUUGCUCGCAGUGCGGGAACAACGGCCACAACUCGCGCACAUGCACGGAGAACGGCGGUGGUGGAGGAGGAGGAAGUGGUGGCUUCGGUGCCGGCUCCGGCGAGAACGCGAUCAUGCUAUUCGGUGUGAGAGUUACGGAGGGAAGCUCGUUCCGGAAGAGUGCUAGUAUGACCAAUCUUUCUCAGUACGAUCAGCUUCAGGACUCUUCCAACGCCGAAGCCGGUUACGCAUCUGACGACGUCGUUCACGCUUCUGGUCGGAGUCGCGAGCGCAAGAGAGGUGUCCCAUGGACGGAGGAGGAACACAGACUUUUCUUGUUGGGAUUGCAGAAGGUAGGGAAAGGAGAUUGGAGAGGAAUUUCUAGAAACUUCGUGAAAACUCGGACGCCGACUCAGGUAGCGAGUCACGCUCAGAAAUAUUUUCUCCGACGAAACAAUCAGAAUCGCCGCCGCCGCAGAUCUAGUCUCUUCGACAUCACUACUGAUUCCGCUUUUGUGACGAAUUCGUCGAUAGAGGAAGAUCUAGAAUCUGGAUCACUACCAGUACUUCCACAUCCACCGCAACCACCACCACAACAGCAGCCUCAUUUGAUUGGCGGAUUUCCGGUGUCAAAUUUCCCGAUGACUCUGGCCUCCGUGGUUGUGCCGGUCGCCGCCGAAGAAAGCUCAUCGGAGAGUAUGGUAUUAGGAGGAGGACAAAGCAAUUACCAAGCGAAAAAACCGACCUGCAAGCCUAUCCGUCCGAUUCCGAUCCAUCCUGUUCCUCCGUCGUCCAAAAUGGCUAAUCUAAAUCUAAAUAAAAAAACCAAGUCAACCGCCACCAUGGACCCAUUGCCUCUAUCUCUGAAUAUUAAUACGACGUCGUCUUCGUCCCCGAGUGAUCAGUCUCCUCCACCUACAACGACGACGACUCGUGCUUCUGCGUUUCAGGCUAUGUCCAACGGCGAUAGCAUUAUCAGUGUUGCCUGAAAAAAAAAAAAAAAAAAGAAGAAUAUUAUUAUUAUUAUUAUUCGAUAACGAUAAUCUAUUUUCUGUAUAAUACAGCUAGCUAAGUGGAAUAUUAGAUAAGAUUUAAAAAGAAAAAAAAUGGAUUAAUUAGAUAGAUUAAUUAGGUGAUUAAUUAGCUAGGUGAUUAAUUCCUUUUUAUGUACAGCAGGGUAGAAUAAAAUAAAAAAUUAAAAAAAAAAAGAAAAAAAAAAAGAUUUAAGGAAAAGAUGAGAUGUCGUUUUCAUGUAAGGAUUCUUGUUUGAUUUUGUGUGGUUCCUUUGGGGGAUUGGAACGAUAAAAGAGCACCAGGUGCGCAAUGUUAUUUGAUGUGGCUUGCUUUUGAAACCUCAACAACUUGGAAAAUAAUAAUAAUAAUAAUUACGUGGUGGUGAUGCUAUAAUUGAAUA